AUGUCGUCGGGUUUGGAUGCAGCGGGACUGGCCCUUGCCGCUACCCAGCUCUGCGGUGCCUUGGCAACUGGGAUUUACUCUCUCAUCCAGGAAAUUAGAGACGCCAGUAAAGAUGCUAAGAUAAUGCAAGACACUCUUUCUGCGCUCCAUACACGCCUCGACCAGGUCCGGGCAUUAUUUGAUGCAAACGUACCAGAAUCACCGUUAGAGAAAGACUAUCGUGCUUCAAUUGACAAAGCUCUUGAUACCAUCCACCGAGACCUCCUAUUACUGACUGACAAGCUCCAUAUUAACGUAAUACUCGAGGCAACGGGAUCCAAAAGGCUGGAGGCUUGGUCCGAAGACCUUCUGCAGUCACACUUCGAGAUGCUGUCAAUCUACAUCAAUUAUAGGACGCUAGAUGAAGUCACCCAUCUUAAGGCAUCCAUGAGACCCAUUCUCGAAAAGUUACUUUUUCACGCGAGACUCACGGAGCAGCGCCAAAGGGACCAAGCCGCCGAAUCACGUUCCAUUAGACGCCUUCGACAUGUCACAGAUGCACAUGCCGCCAGCAACAGUGUUCCUCCUGAAGAUGAGUCCGACCGGGAUUAUCAUGAUGCAUUCAAGACUUGGGAGGACAGAUCUGAGGACAUGAUCAUGUCCAUUGCCGAUCUCCCAUGGCACCAGGUGUCAAACUCAGACUACGUCCCAUCUAUUCUGAACGAGAGCCGCGAUGGUGCAAGCGUUGUGCCGACCGUUCGCGAUUUGGGAGAACCGAAUGGAGCAUCCUCUUGGUCGAGGCGUUUCCCGAAUCUUUUGCACAUCGAAGAGAUACCGGAUGAGUCUCCCCAACAAGACGUGACAGAAGACAUUUUCGAUUGGUGCAAAGAACAAGGUUUUCCUGUCAAGGGUUCCAGUUUCAGGUACGAUCUCAUCUGUGAGACGGCUCCCGUCGCGCUGAAGGGCACUCCACCUCUGCACCAAGCUAUCAAGACAAACAACAUGGCUGUGUUGGAGAAGAUGUUAUCGCAGGAUUGCAAUAUCGAGGUCCGUUUGGAAGACGGGAGCCAGGACCUAACGCCCUUUCUCCUGGCAUGUUCUGAGCUGAACGCCGCCGCGGUCAAGCUCCUUCUUACCAAAGGUGCGAAGGCUGAUGCGACCGAUCGUUCGGGUAAGACAGGUCUUCACCUGUGCCAGAGUUCGAAAUUUGAGGGAAGACGCGUCGCAAAGCUUCUUCUCGGGGACUCAAGGGCCGAGGCCCUGGAUGUCAAUGCCCAAGAUCAAUUUGGCAUGACUGCCGCACACAUAGCUGCUCGAGUUGGAGAUGUGAAAAUGCUGGAGUACCUGUUGCUAGAUCAAUAUGGCAAAAAGGUUGCCGACGCAAACGCACAGCAGCAAGAUGGGUCGACGCCACUAAUGGUCGCCCUGAAAUCCAACAUAGCCAACAAGAAACAGGUCAUCGAUGUGCUAUCGAGAUGUAGCGACCUGAGGGUCAAGAACAAGAACGGCGAAGAUGCUAAGGAAGUGGCUGCGAAGCAUAGCCCAAAAGACGUUCGCAAGCACUUGCUCGCUCGCAUGGAUCAAGACAGCACAAGGUCUCGGCGGAUAAGCGAAUCUACAACGGUUGUCUCGGGGAUUUCAGUACAAAUGAGCGAGGAGUCGUGCAGUGGCUGUAGGCGACACUGUCCUCAAUUGAAGGACUGCAAGCUCAGUAUCGGGGAUUCGGCGUUUUCGCAGGAUUGGAAAAGGUCACUGAGGAAGUACUCGAAUGAUCAGUCUAGUAUAGCAAUGGGCAGUAGUUCAAGUAUACGGCAGGCUCGAUAA